AUGAUUGAUCACCACCGCUCUAAGAUCGUGGCUGGUCCCAAUGAGGAAAUAUGCUGUCCUUCAGCUCGGCAACCUUUACACGCACGCAAACUGGCAAGAAGAGACGUUCUAGAGCUCUGCGAGGCUUACACGACACGACCUCAUCACUGGAGAGCCUGGUUCGGUAUCUCCAGAGCCGGAGCUAGUCGACGUGGUCGAUGA